GAAUUAACUUUCGUCAGCCGAAAACUAACACAAGACAGCUCGGAGCCCGACACCAUGGCUACCGACUUCAAGUCUAUCCCUUUAAUCGAUAUCAGUCCGCUGGUGGAGAAGGGGGAUGAUCCGAACUUGGCCCAAGAUGAAGGCGUGGCAGAAGUUGUUCGACAACUGGAUCGUGCUUGUAGAGAAGCUGGAUUCUUUUAUGUGAAGGGGCAUGGAAUUCGGGAUUCUCUUCUUAAAGAUAUUAGAAGCGUAUCGCGUCAGUUUUUCCAUCUGCCUUAUGAGGAGAAGCUCAAAAUCAAACUCUCUGCGGCAACUGGAUACAGAGGAUAUCAACGGGUUGGUGAGAACAUAACAAAAGGCGUGCCGGACAUGCAUGAAGCUAUUGAUUGCUACAGAGAAGUAAAACCUGGAAUGUAUGGAAGGCUUGGUGAAGCUAUGGAAGGAUGUAAUAAAUGGCCGAGUGAUCCUCCAAAUUUUAAAGAUUUAAUGGAGGAGUAUGUCAAUCUUUGCACAGAUCUAUCUAGCAAGAUCAUGAGGGGGAUAGCUUUAGCAUUGGGUGCGCCGAUGGAUGUAUUUGAAGGGAAUAGAGCUGGAGAUCCAUUUUGGGUGCUUCGUGUGAUUGGAUAUCCUGUUGUCCACCAUGCAAAUGGCCAGGAAAUGCCGAAGACAGAAACUGAUGUUGGAUGUGGAGCACACACGGACUACGGUUUACUGACAUUAGUUAAUCAGGAUGAUGAUAUAACUGCAUUGCAGGUGAGAAACAGUAAUGGGGAGUGGAUAUCAGCGCUACCUGUUCCUGGCACAUUUGUUUGCAAUAUCGGUGACAUGCUGAAGAUUCUGACAAAUGGUGAAUAUGAAUCAACGCUGCAUCGAGUCAUCAACAACUCUCCUAAAUAUCGUGUUUGCGUUGCAUACUUCUACGAGCCAAAUUUUGAUGCGGCUAUAGAACCACUGGAUACCUGUGUUCAGAGGACUGGCGGCACCAAGAAGUUUGAUAGCGCCGUUUAUGGAAAGCAUUUGGUCAGUAAAGUGCUGACCAACUUUGUGAUGUAGGUCGUUGCCUGUAUUGUUUCCUUUCUUUCACAUUUUUCUCUUUUCCCCUUAUUUUGUUGUGGUUGAGAGUAUUUUCUAGCUCAAAAACAUGUUACUAAAAUGUACCCAAAUGUCUGUAUUUAUCUUGGGGAAUUGCUGUGUACGCCAUUUUAGUGUUUUAUUCCUACUGCUUGGUUUGUGCAGAUUAUUUAUCAAAAUAACACUUUGUA